GAGCCUUCCGGGCGCACACCAGACUCCGCAUCAGAGCAUCACUUGACCCACGCGGCGCCCGCGGCGGAGCGGGUGGAAGCGGUGAAGGAGUCCUACGACCCCGAGCUGCUGCAAACCCUGGAUCUUCCCGUUUUUUUGAAAGAUUGCGGUCUCAGCCGCUGCCGUCGGGGCGUCUACCUCGGGCACUGGGGCCAUGACGGCAGCGGCGGCACGCCAGGUGAAUCGGAAGGUGGGGUUCGUUAA